AUGGGAUCUGCUGGCGGUGUUGGACCCAAAGGCCCACAGGGGCCUCCAGGUUUAGAGGGACAGAUGGGACCUCCGGGACUCAGAGGACUCCAAGGCCCAGUGGGGCCCAUUGGUACCCGGGGGGAUCCUGGCUUUGAGGGGCCCAUGGGUAACAGGGGACCAGAUGGGGACAAGGGCGAUCUAGGACCCAAAGGCGACAAAGGUAUUCAAGGGGCAGCAGGUAUUAGGGGUCCUCAGGGAGAGAGGGGCCCCAUCGGCUUCCCAGGUUUCCCAGGGACCAAGGGCCAGCUUGGCCCCACAGGCACAGAGGGUCACACUGGACAGAGGGGCCACACUGGCCAGCCGGGCCCAUCGGGUCCCUCAGGUGCAGCUGGCAGCGCGGGCACAACUCUCAUAAUCUUGUCUCAUCUCUCUGUCCCGUGUCACUUCUUGCUGUAUUUACUGACUUCUUUUCUUACUCUGCUGCUCUCUCAGGGUUUUCAAGGAAUUUCUGGAGACAGAGGAGCAGAUGGUCCACCAGGCUCUCCGGGGCCACCAGGGAAACCAGGACCUCCAGGUUCACCAGGACCCCCAGGUGACCGGGGUUUCACAGGGAAGCCAGGCGUGGAGGGACCUCAGGGCCCAGUAGGCAUGUAUGGCCUCCAGGGGAACGUGGGCAUGCGUGGGCCUCCGGGGUUCACAGGAGAAAGGGGUGAGCCAGGUUUACGCGGUCUACCUGGGCCUGUCGGGAAGCCAGGACCUGCAAGGGCCAGGGUCUGCCAGGUCCCCCUGGAGAGAGGGGACCCCGGGGACCUCAGGGUCGACCUGGAGCUGAAGGACCCAAAGGGAUUUGGGGCCCACCAGGCACUCCAGGUCUCCCAGGCGCUGAUGGGACAACUGGAAAACCUGGCCCGAGGGGAAGCCAAGGGCCCCCAGGACCUCAAGGAGCACAAGGGCCAGCAGGAAUCCCAGGUUUGCCCGGCCUGCCUGGUGAUGAGGGCCCCACAGGACCAGAUGGACAACAGGGUCUCCCUGGCCAAACGGGAAGUGAAGGCCCACCUGGACGGAAAGGAGACCAGGGGGACGCAGGGUCUUGUGGGAAACCUGGUCCUCCAGGGCUCCCGGGAGAGAGAGGACUUGAGGGCCCGAAAGGCUUACAGGGACCGCCCGGACCAAUGGGCAAAGAGGGUGAUGUCGGGCAUCCUGGUGAAACUGGAGAUCCUGGACCCAAAGGGGACAAGAGUCUGGUGGUUUUGGCAGGGUGAGGUUGGACCUCUAGGUCUGUCUGGUCGAGAAGGACCUUGGGGAGACCUCGGGGAAAAUGGCGAAAGGGGUCCAAAGGGGGAGAAGGGCCACAUUGGACUACUGGGUGAACCGGGGCUGACGGGUGAAGUGGGACCUGCAGGUCUUGCAGGGUUACAGGGAAUCACAGGCCCUCAGGGACCCCCAGGACUAGAUGGACCUCAGGGCCUAAAGGGGGAGUCUGGCCCUGUGGGAAUGACUGGACCUGCCGCAUUAAGAGGCCCUCAGGGAAUAAGCGGUGCGCGUGGUGUCAGAGGAGACACAGGGGGGCUGGGAGCACCUGGUCCAGUAGGACAAGUUGGACCUCAAGGAGACACGGGAGCUAAAGGGGAACCAGGGCCACAGGGACUGAAGGGAGAGCCAGGAACUCCAGGUCCACCAGGGGAACCGGGUGAUGAUGGUCUGCCAGGAAUCCGAGGUCCUCCGGCUCUGCCAGGGUUUGAGGGGCCUCCUGGAGAGGUGGGACCCCAGGGUCCCCCAGGUCCCACAGGGGCUCCUGGAGUGCUAGGAAGACCAGGACCUGAGGGAAACCAGGGCAUAAAAGGGCAGAAGGGAGACGAUGGUAAGAAUGGAUCGUCCGGGAAGACGGGUCACAUUGGAAGGAGGGGGAAACGUGGUAAGGCCGGAGUCAGAGGGACCCGAGGAGACAGAGGACCAAAGGGUGAAAAGGGAGACACAGGACAGGUUGGCCUCCCCGGGUGGCCGGGGCUUAUUGGAAUCCCGGGCUUGCGAGGAGAUCUGGGGGAUCCGGGUGAAAAGGGGAACGAGGGUGAGAAAGGAGACAUGGGCUUGCCUGGACCACCUGGAGGUGAUGGCACGAAGGGUAUUCGUGGCCCUGUUGGGUUGCCAGGUCCACUUGGCCUGAAGGGAGAGCAGGGAAAUAUUGGUCUACCAGGACCGAGGGGUACACCAGGGAUGCCAGGACUGCCUGGCUUGUUUGGAUUAAAGGGUUUGAAAGGCUACCAAGGUUUGCCUGGUCUGCCCGGCAGGAGGGGGCUCCCUGGUCCACCUGGGGUUCCUGGACCCCCAGGAAAGUCUCUGAACAUGACGUUGACUCAGCUUAAGGACCUGAUGUAUGUGUCCGAUAAGCCCAACUAUCCUCUGAUCCAGACUCUGCUAGAUUCUUUGCAGCAGGAGCUUCGGCUGCUGGUGGAUCCUCCUGAUGGCAGCAAGGAGCAUCCUGCCACCACCUGUCUGGAGCUCUGGCUCUGUCACCCUGAAUACAGCAGCGGAAUGUAUUACAUUGACCCCAACCAGGGCAGCCCCGCCGACGCUCUGCUGGCCUACUGCAGCUUCUCUCCCACAUCAAAACAGACCUGCCUUCAUCCUCGAGACUCUCAGCUGGCCAUGAAAGUGUGGAUUGAAGAAUUUUCUGAGGAAGGAUCUUUUCAGUGGCUCAGCAGGCUGGAGCAGGGGUUUCAGUUUUACUAUCCAGGUGCUAAUGUGGUGCAGAUGCGUUUUCUGAGGUUGCACAGCAGCGCUGCCAUGCAGAAGGUGACCUACUCCUGCCAUCCAGGACACAGGCUGGGCCAGACCGACAGAGACGUGAAAUUCCUCACUGACACAAGGAAGCAAAGUUACCUCGGAGCACUUAAAGAUUGUGUGCCUGGAGAGGAGAGCGUUUCUGGGCCUCGGGAGUCUGUAUUUGAGUUUGAGGACCUCCAGCUUCUUCCUCUCAGAGACAUAGCAGUGAUGGGAGGGGACAACUUCACACACCAGUUUGGCUUCGCUGUCGGACCUGUGUGUUUCAGCUAG